GUUCACAUUGGGUGUCAAAUCUUGUACACUACCUUCUUCACGACGGUCCCUUAGACGAAUUCGAUUCUCAUUCUCCUUGGCUAAUUGAUUAUUAUGACAUUGAAGAUAAAUACAAAAGACAAAAAGAAAGAAUUUUAACAACGCAUUACACACUAAAGCGCCUUCCAACAGAUCACUUUGCAAAAGGUGGAAAAACUAUUCUUAUCUAUAGGAACCCAAAGGAUUCGGUCGUCUCGAUGUACUAUAUGAUGCGGAAACAGAACAUUGUAGGAAACUUUAAUUUGUCAUGGGACAAAUUUCUUAGUUACUGGCUUGACGGGAAAAUAAUAUUUGGCUCAUAUUUUGACUUCUACAAUCAGUUGCAGCAAGAUCUCGAAAGAAAUCCAAAUUUAGAUAUACUUAUUGUUCAGUACGAAAAGCUUAAGAAGAAUUGUUUGCAUGAAGUACGCCGCAUACAGAAUUACCUUGGUUUGAACCUCACAGAAAAGCGUCUUGAGGCUGUAAUUGACAGGUGUUCAUUGAAGAAACUGAAAAACGAUGUAGACAGUGGAAAGGUUAAAUCAGAUCUUGUCGACGACAAAGGAAAGUCUGUUCUAUACAGGAAAGGUAUUAUUGGAGACUGGAAGAAACACUUUACAGUUGCACAAAAUGAACAAUUUGAGCAAAUAGCAGAGAAGAAAAUGGGAAACAGUAUAUUUAAUUACAAAGCGUGGAACUGAUGUUAUUUCUGUGUUACAAAUAUCCGUAUAUGGUUUUAGUUUUUGUUCUGGUUUGAAAUAAUUUUCAGCAAUGUGAUUUUAUCUGUUUUAGUUUCUAAAAGAGGUGGUCAAACUUGUUCAUCAUGUUGUAUAAUUUAUUUUUUAUUUUUGUAUAAAAACUUUACCUUACAAUUUUAAGACAUUUUAAGUAUUGAGACAUUUUUACAACAACAAUCUAAAGAAUCUUAUCAAUAUUUGAGUUUGUAUUGUACAUAAAAGGAAUAUUUGCAUAGCAAGCAUUUUUUUGUGAGGGUCAUAUAAUAAAUAACCUUAAACAAAGGAUAAUUUUCCGAUCUCUUCAUUAAAUUUUAUGUAAUAUUGUAAGUCCUACUAGUAUGUAUUUAAUCAAAAUAAAUGAUCCCUCAGCGUUCAUGUGAUGAAAUGAAUAAAUGAGAUAAGCAAUUAUGCUUUUGCCGGAAUUAAUUUUAUUUAAUAUAACAAACAUUGUUUUUUUUUCAAGCAUACCAGCCUUACUUAUAACUUAUUUAUUCAAAGGAAUAUUAAAAUACUUUAUCAGUUACUGUUACUGUUUCAGGGAAAGGAAAAUACAACACGCUAGUACAAAAAAAAGUGUAAACUUUGACAACAAAUACGUAUUCAAAGAAUUGUAUGUGGUAUCAUUUGAAACGGUUAUGAAACAAAAAUAUAUCAAAAUAAAACUUCCAUAAACCGACCCAUGUUUUGGAAAAAAAUAUGUUUAUUCUUUGAUUGUCUUAAGUAAAUAACCUGCGUGAAAUACGCUUUACUUUCAAAAAUCAUCAACAUGACAUGCGAUUUAUAUUGAAAUUUCACAAGCGCAUACGAUAAUUGGGCUUAUAUAAUAAAGUAAUCACAAUUAAAUGCUUCAGGUUUUCAUCGACCAAUGUUGUUACAUUAAAAAAUAUCACAAAUGUUUUGUGAACAAUAAGUUUAUAACAUAUUAACUUGCCCGUUGCCUAUCAUCAUGCUAUUCUCUUUGUCAAUGAACGAAUUUUGGGAAUCAUUCUUAUUUUCAAAACAAUUAAUCACAUGUUUAUACUUCCAAUAAUGAUUCCAAUGGACUGCUACAUUAUCACCUUCGAAAAUGAUUAAUUCAUUACAAGAGAAGUUUUUUUUCUUCUUUUUUUGUGUUGAUGAAUAUUUUAAUAUUUGUAUCUGACAAUUGUUGCACCAACUAGAAAUUAAGACGAUAUAAUUACAGCAACAAGCUAUUCAAACCGUUUUAAACUCUUCAAUU